AUGUCAUGGAAAAAUAGAUCAGCCAAGAUACAAGUAAAAGAAUCAGAUUUACCAUCAUCUAUCCCACUUCAAAAUGGGUUAACUUUUAACGUGUGGUAUAAUAAAUGGUCACAAGGUACCUCCAAUGGCCACGAUCGGUUUGUCAACCCUUACAGAUUAGAGCCUAACGUUCAUAGUGGUAGAACAUUGGGAGACAAAGAGGACAAUUGCUUUUUUUGCCUUUAUUUUGCAAAGGGGAUGUGUUGUUUAGGUAAGAAAUGUACAUAUUUGCACCAUAUACCAGAUGAGGAAGAUUAUAGGAAACUUUCUUUGAAAAGUGAUAUUUUAGACUGUUUUGGAAGAGAAAAAUUUGGUGAAUAUAGAGAUGAUAUGGGUGGUGUCGGCUCAUUUAGGAAACGAAAUAGGACUUUAUAUAUCGGUGGUCUCAGUGGUGCCUUUAAUAAUAAAGAAUUGAAACCUAGUCAAAUAGAAAGUAGGAUACGGUUUGUAUUUGGUCGUUUGGGAGAUAUUGAAAGUAUUCGAUAUAUUGAAGCUAAAAAUUGUGGAUUUGUAAAGUAUAAAUAUCAAUGUAAUGCAGAAUUUGCCAAGGAAGUUAUGAGUAAUCAGACAUUAUUAUUACCCAAUGACAAGGAAUGGGAUAGUAGGAAGGAAGGUGCAGGCUUAUUAGUGAAAUGGGCCAAUGAUGAUCCCGAUCCAGAAGCAAGGAGAAGAGAAGCAGAAAAUCAAAAAAGGGAAACAUUGAAAAUGAUGACAGAGCUAGUAGAGAACCACGAAAUGAAACAAAAUAUUCAAGCGAAGGGAGAAAGAAUGCAUUCUAAUACAAGUUUGGCUAUAACAAACGAAGAUGAAGGUUUAAUUUUCACCAAAGAUAUUUUGAGACAAGUACAGGCAAAGAUGCAGAGAAAACGCAGGGACCCAGUAGUGAGGCCAUCUUCAGGCAAAAUUACUCGUUAG